AUGUUUUCGAGGACAUAUUUAAGUGCAUCAACAUCAAACGGCUCAUCAUCAUCAUCAUCCUCAUCAUCUCCAUCUAAGAUCCGUCAUCAUCAUGAUUAUACUGGACAUAGUGGUAAGAAGGAGAUACCAAAAGUUUCCUAUUUUGAUAUUAAAGUGGAAUCACCAUACGAGGAUUUAAUAUUAAUUCAAGGAUCACCUUUGGAAUCUCAACCAAUUUCAUUGAAUGGUAAAUUAAUAAUAAGAUUAAAUGAAGAUAUUAUAGUCAAGAAGAUUGGAUUAAAACUUUUUGGUAAUUUUAAGUUAGAUUUUUUACAAACUAAUAAUAAUGGGUUGACUAGUAUUGUUAAGGAAAAGAAGAAGAUUUUGGAAUGUCAAUGGGAUAAUCUUUUAUUAAAUUCAAAGGGUCGUAUGAUUAUUGGUAAUGAAUAUUUUACAUAUAGUCAUGCACAAGAUAAUGUGAACGUGGGUAUGGGUAUGAAUGUGAAUGUGAGUGAAGAUGAUAGUACGAAUGUUAAGAGAACAAUAUCAUCUCCAGUUAUGAUGAGUAGAUUUAUGAGGAGGAAGCCCUAUUCGAGUCAAAUCUUAGAAAUUCCAUAUGUAAAUACUUCUGAAGAUAAUGAAGGGGGUGGUGAAAGACGAUAUAUUGGAACGCCAUUUAAUAGAACCAUAACGAAGGAAGAUAACAAUAAUGUUUCGACAUAUUUCCAUUUAAGGAAAGGGUAUUAUGAAUUACCAUUUAAUAUUAUGUUACCUAAUGAAUUACCUGAGACCAUUGAAGGGUUACAAAGUGGUAGUGUAUUGUAUAAUUUUGAAGGACAUAUUGAUAGAAGGAAAAAAUCCAGUAUAUCAAAUUUAAUGAAAGACAAUGGGACUAGUAGUAGUAGUAGUAAUAGUAAUAGUAGUAGUAAUAGCACAAGUACAAGUACAAGUAUGAAUGGUACUACGAUGAAUCGAACUAAACAACAACGGGCAUAUGAUAUUAUAACAGCGAAUAUGGGGAAUCGAAUGUUUUGGAAAUAUAAAUAUUUGAGAAUAUUACGUACAUUAUCUAUGGAUAAUUUAGCGAUGCAAGAAGAAAUUUGUGUUGGUAAUUCAUGGAAGAAUAAAUUACAAUAUGAAAUCAGUAUACCUAGUCGUGCUAUUCCCAUAGGUAGUAUGACACCAAUUAAUAUUAAGAUAUUCCCAUUCCAAAAGGGGUACAUUUUAAAUAAGAUUAGUGUUAAUUUGAAUCAAUAUUACAGUAUGAAGGAUUCUAAUAAUGAAGUAUAUGAUGAUGAAGUUACAAUUUUCAAACAAUCUAUGACUAAGUUUGGUAAUCUAGUGGAGAAUGAAACUAAUAUGUUAGUUGAUAAAUUUGAACUUUCGAGUAAUGUUAAGAUACCCAAUAAUUUGAAGAAAUUGACACAAGAUUGUGAUUUAAAUGAUGAUUUAAUAAGAGUUUUACAUAAGUUAAUUAUAAGGAUACAUUUGAAAAGGCGAUCAGACGAUGAUGAUGGGAUGAAUGGGAAUAAUGGAUUUAAAAGUUUAGAAAUCAAAGCUAAUUUGCCUGUUUUAUUAUAUAUUUCACCACAGGUUUAUUUGGAAGGUCGAUUAGUCUUAUUUGAUCAACAAAAUGGUAAAAUACAUUUCCGACCUAACGAAUUUGUGCCAAUUUUCUCGCAUGAUAAUAUAGUGAAUAAUGCUAAUGGGAAUACGAUUGUAAACCAAUUUAGCUAUGAACCGGAGUUACCUCCGCCUAAUUAUCAAGAUCAUGGACAAGAUCGGUUAUUACAACAUGAUGUGCCUAUAAACGCACAUUAUGAUGAUAGUAUUCAAGAGAAUAUAAUGCAGAGAGAUACCACCAGGGUGCUGACGGACACUACGUCUGCUCCUACUACUUGCAGUAGUCUAUCAUCGACCUAUGAUAAUGCGCCAAGUUACCAAGAAUAUGAGUUACCGGAAUACGAGAGUUAA